AUGGGUAAUACUGAGAGCAACGUUACGAGUGGGGUUAAGAAACAAGCUGGAACAUCUGAACAGAAAUUGUAUAAGCUUAUAGAUGUUAAAGGUGGUGGAUUACUUGUGGACAUGAUGAAGAGAGCGGUACAAAAUAAACAAUAUGCGGAGAUAGACCACGCAAUUAAAACUAAAGUUGAACCCUUUCUGUACAAUAAGGGAAAGGGUCGUUAUAUACCCAUAUCACACCUUGUACUUCUCAGAAAUAAGGAAAGGUCAAGACACAAGUUGUUACCACCUUUGCGUGGUAUGGAAAAUCCCGACGAAGAGUUUGACAUUGACAAGGAUUGGCCUGCGGUUAGCCAAGAAGAAUACGAUGCUAAUCCUAUUGCUUAUAGAGAACUUUGUUGGGACUUAAAGGAGCGAGGGGCUGUAGGUGAAACAAUUCUACACCUUUGCUUGUUGAACGCUACGUCUCUGUUAGCCGACUUAGCUAAAAGAUUGCUUCGAUUCUAUCCAAAAUUGAUCAACGAUAUUUAUAUGAGUGAUGAAUAUUAUGGCGAAAGUGUCUUACACAUGACAAUAGUAAAUGAAGAUCCCACAAUGGUAAAGUUCCUUUUGGAUGCCGGAGCGGAUUAUCACGAGCGAUGUUUCGGUAACUUCAUGUGUCCUGAAGAUCAAAAAGCAUCUAGGACAGAUUCGUUUGAUCAUGAGUGGGUUAAUGUACAACCGGAUACGAAUUAUGAUGGGUACGUGUAUUGGGGAGAAUAUCCGUUAAGCUUCGCAGCUUGUUUAGGCCAAGAGGAAUGUUACAGACUGAUCCUAGCUCGAGGAGCUAAUCCCAACAAGCAGGACACUAAUGGCAAUACUGUGUUACAUAUGCUGAUUAUUUAUGACAAGAUGAGCACUUUCGAUAUGGCGUAUGAAGUUGGAGCGUCAUUAAACAUUCGCAAUGUUCAGAACUUAACACCUCUAACUCUCGCCGCUAAAUUAGCUCGAGUAGAGCUCUUUUUCCAUAUUUUAAAUAUCGAAAGGGAAAUAUACUGGCAAAUAGGAGCAACUACUUGUGCUGCAUACCCUUUAGGGCAGGUCGAUACUAUUGAUACUGAAACCGGGUUGAUAAGUAAGGACUCAGCUUUGAAUUUGGUUGUGUUUGGGGAAAAAGAUGAACAUCUAGAGCUAUUAGAGGGCAUGUUGAUAGAUUUAUUGAAGACUAAAUGGAAUACAUUCGUCAAGUUUCGUUUCUAUCGCCAAUUCUUCUUAUUCUUUUGUUAUUUUCUUGUAUCUCUCGUGUGUUUCACUUUGCGGCCGGGACCGCCUGAUCGCUCGGUGAAUGCUACUGUAGUAAAUAUUACUAUAGGAUCUGUUAAUAAUGAUACGGAGUUGGUAUCUGAUGUAGAGAAUUGUACUCUUCCACAGUCGAACACAGGGUUGGAUCCAAGUGCUGUAGAAGUUUUCAAUGUCACGAAAACAGUUCAUUGUGGUCGUUUCAAGAGUCACCCUAAGGAAAAGGAAAAGCCCACAAAAGCGCCAAAAGAAAAUGAUGUAGAAGGUUGGUGGGAGGAUUUAACUGAAGAGUGUAGGUUGAUGAACUUCGAAACUUGGCAAGCUAAACUACGUAUAAGUGCUGAGUUACUGCUGUGGGUCGGUGCUCUAGCGUAUAUUGGAGCUGCCUUACGUGAGGCUAGGUUUCUAGGGAUAAAAAUGUUUAUAGAAAACCUGAGUACUGUUCCAUCAAGAGUGAUGUUUUUAUUCUCGUGCCUACUAAUGGUCGCGUUACCAACGCUACGUUUGUGGUGCGCUGAUGAGGAGGAGGACCACUUGGCCGUCAUUAUAAUGCUCACUACAGCACCUUACUUUUUAUUCUUUUGUCGAGGAUUUAAGACAGUCGGACCUUUCGUCGUGAUGAUUUACAGAAUGGUGAUGGGUGAUCUUCUACGAUUUGUUUGUAUUUAUCUUGUAUUUGUUAUGGGAUUUUCUCAAGCAUAUUACGUAAUAUUCCUAUCAUUUGACAACCCCAAUACGCCGGAGGGUGUUGACGACUCUAUAUCGAAUCCCAUGCCUUCCCCCAUGGAGAGUAUCAUGGCUAUGUUUCUUAUGUCAAUGACUUCAUUCUCUGAUUACUUUGGUGCGUUUGAACGGACUGACCAUGAAAUAGCGGCUAAGCUGUUAUUCGUAAUUUACAUGAUAAUAGUGGCAAUAUUGCUAGUGAACAUGUUAAUCGCUAUGAUGGGUAAUACGUACCAGAAAAUCGCAGAGACAAGAAAUGAAUGGCAGAGGCAAUGGGCCAGGAUAGUGCUGGUGGUAGAGCGAGGAGUGCCUCCGGCGCAAAGAUUGAAACAAUUACUGGCUUAUAGCCAACCGAUGGCCAGUGGGAAAAGAGCUCUAGUUCUUAGAAUUAAUCAGAAGGAUGAAGAUAAAGAAGAAAUGAAGGAAAUCUUAGAAAUGAAGCGGACACACGAGCGUAUUGUGGCAAAACGGAAGCAACGGGACGCGGAAAUGAAGGGAGGGAAACUACCGCCCCCUCCAGUGCGAGAUUACCCCAUCACAAAGAGCGCUGCUGUCGCUAAAAAACAAAAUGUCAUUAUU